AUGAUGCAAACACACAAGGAUGACUUUACACAGUUUAUUUGGAAACGACGACUUCAAUCGCGACGGGAUCUGCGAUUACUUUUCCAAGCGGGGCCUGGAAUGAUUGGUCGUUUCGGUGAACUGAUUUCAGACUCAAAUAUGGAAGUCAUUCAAACAUUUGAGCGCAACAAUUUGGCAAAACUAUGCAAAGAAGCAAUCACUUCUGGAUUGUGUGACCAUGAUGACGUGCCUGGGUUUUUUAACAACAAAAUCACAUUGAUUUCACCAAAGAAAAUGAAACGGAUCAAUGUUUUUCCAAGCAGACUAGAAUUCCAGAUUAAAGAAAUAGAAGACGAUAUGGCUGUGCGCGAUCCAGAGCAAUGGUAUACCGUGUAUGCUACCUGCGGACCGUGGGCAAUCAAAUUGUUUUCCAAGCCACUUGUGCAAGACUUGGUUCAUCAGUCCAUAGAACAAAUCCGACACAUAAGCAAAGAUGCAGACAGUCUUUCCUAUAUACAUGUUUUGGCUCGCACAAUUGAUCUGGUUCAUCCCACCCACCAGCUUCAAGCAACUAUUCUAGCCUUUCCAUUAUAUGGAGUACAAAUACUUAAAAAAAGGAUAUUAUCGUUGGGUUAUAGUAUGGAUCCUGCAAAUGAGGACUCGGUGAUACUGGACCAUAAACUGGCAUUGGACAUUUUGAGCCAGGUAUAUAAGAAACUAGAAACGGAGCAUCGCUAUUAUUUUGAAUGGACUACUCUGCCAAAAACUAAAUGGAGAAUCGGCUUCUCGACUGGCCGGCAUGUCAAGGUACUCAACAAUACUGCAUAUCCGGGUAUGGACUCGUUUAGUUUUGGAUUUGGAAAUGACGGAUCGAUAUUCAUGGAUGGCGAAAAACUUCGAUAUGUUCAUGACUUGGCACAAUCUACUUUGCCCAUCGGAAUUAAAACAUGGGGUGUAAUGGUUGAUCUACACGCCGGAUCCAUAAAUUUGGUAUUGAAUGGAAACGUUGCCCAUGUCGCAUUUGGACAUAGUGCAAGUGCAUUUGAUUCCUACGAACAGGAACGACAAAAGUACAGUAGUAUGCUUUUUGCGCAUGAAAUUAGCAUAGAAGAAAGACCAUUUAUUCGAGUGAAUUUUGGGGAUAAGCCUUUUAGUUUUCAUGUUAAUGCUCUGCCAAUGAAUAACUUGAUACAGCCACAUUCAACCAAAGGAAUUGACCUCGUAUCUAUUCUGGAAAUAUCGGGAGCUAAUGCAAACCGCGAGCGAUUAUCACAAGAAGAAGAUGAAAAACUGCACAUGGCAAGUCAUACACUUUAUUUACUUUCGCUUGAAAAAAAUUACUUUCGUGUGUCGCAUAUCCCAGAUGCUAUCAAAAGCUUUUCACAGUUUCCUCCAUCAGUAUAUCGCCGAUCACUGGCUGCAACUAGAUUGCAAAGAGCUUGGAGAAGAUUCAAAGGACAUCAAAUGCGAGAAAAGAUCAAGCAGGAACAGUAUGCUGCCGCUGUCAAGAUUCAACGAAUGGCCAGAAAGAAGUUGCGUAAAAUUCGCCAAAUUAAAAACGAAUCAGCCGAGCAAAUUCAAAAAUUUUGGAGAAAAAAAAUGUUUAUAUGGGCUGCAUUGCUGCGAUGUAUUUACCAACAGCCUAUUCCAGAACUUCAUCGAGCAGCAACAGUUAUUCAACGAAAAUGGAGACAUUGGCAUAUGUUUAAAAACUCUCCUCUUGCAUCAAAGUAUCAGACCAAGAUUGAAGAUCUGCAUGCUGCUGCCAAUCGGAUUAUUCGGUGGUGGCGUCCUCUACACAGUCGAAUGGCCGAGAUUAACGAAACCAGAAGAAGAAACAAGGCAGCCACAAACAUUCAAAGAGUGUACAGAGGAUUUGCAUUGCGAAGGCUACUUCGACCUGAUAUUCGGAAAAAGCUUACUGAACUUGGAAGUGUCAUUGCAAAAGCAAGACAUAGUCUUUUGGAGAUUCGCAGCGCAUACAUUAUUCAGCGAGCUUGGCGCAAAGUACUAUAUAAAAGAGUUUGCGCUGAAAAGGCAAAGACACGAAACAAGGCAUCUACUCGAAUCCAAUCCUUAUGGAGAGGAUUCUGGGUUAGAUCUCAUACUCCACUUAGGUUUACGUAUGGAGAGGCAGUAUUUCUUACUGCUGUCUGCAAAGCGCUUCGCAACUCGCAUUUUAUCCUCAAAAUGUAUCGACCUUGUGGCAUUGUUUGCCCAAAAUCCGAUCAUGCAUUUAAUCGAGACUAUCGCAAGUAAUACAAUACUAUAUGGUUAAAAAGAAUAAAAACAAAUAGCUAGGUUACUCAAUG